GCGCGCGGGAGGGGCGGGGCCACGCUGCGGGCCCGGGCCAUGGCCGCCGCGGAUGCUGAGCAGGCAGUUCUGGCCAAGCAAGAGACCAAGCAGGAUUGCUGCAUGAAAACUGAGCUACUAAGGGAAGAUACACCUAUGGCUGCUGAUGAAGGUUCCACGGAGAAACAGACAGGAGAGACUCCCAUGGCUACAGAUGGAGAAACCAAUGGUUCUUGUGAAAAGAGCAGUGACACCAGCCAUCCGAAUGCAACCAAACAUACUCAGGAGAACACAAGAGCUAGCCCGCAGGAAGGUACCAACAGAGCAUCUCGGGUGGCCGAAAAUGGACUUUCAGAAAGAGACAUAGAAGUGGGAAAGCAAAACCAUGUCACAACUGACGACUUCAUGCAGACUUCUGUCAUUGGCAGCAAUGGAUAUUUUUUAAAUAAACCAGCCCUGCAGGGGCAGCCCUUGAGGACUCCCAGCACUCUAGCCUCCUCGCUUCCUGGUCAUGCGGCAAAAACUCUUCCUGGAGGGGCCAGUAAAUGCAGGACUCCAAGUGCACUUCCUCAGACACCAACCACAGCACCUGCUGUGCCUGGGGAAGGGAGUGCAGACACAGAGGACAGGAAGCCUACAGCCUCGGGCACUGAUGUCAGGGUUCACAGGGCACGCAAGACCAUGCCGAAGUCCAUCCUGGGCCUGCAUGCAGCCAGCAAAGACCACAGAGAAGUUCGAGACCAUAAGGAACCAAAAGAGGAUAUCAACAGAAAUAUUUCUGAAUGUGGACGACAGCAGCUUUUACCAACCUUCCCAGCCCUCCACCAGUCGCUACCUCAGAACCAGUGCUACAUGGCCACCACAAAGUCCCAGACAGCUUGCUUGCCUUUUGUUUUAGCAGCUGCAGUAUCUCGGAAGAAAAAACGAAGAAUGGGAACCUAUAGCUUAGUUCCCAAGAAAAAGACCAAAGUAUUAAAGCAGAGGACGAUGAUUGAGAUGUUUAAGAGCAUAACUCAUUCCACUGUGGGCGCUAAGGGCGAGAAAGCCUUGGGUGACAGUGCUCUGCAUGUUAAUGGGGAAAGCUUGGAGAUGGACUCAGAAGAUGAAGACUCAGAUGAGCUGGAGGAUGAGGAGGAACAUGGAGCUGAGCAGGCUGCUGCGUUUCCCACCGAGGACAGUAGGACUUCUAAAGAGAGUAUGUCCGAGACUGACCGUGCUGCCAAGAUGGAUGGAGAUUCCGAGGAAGAGCAGGAGUCACCUGACACAGGGGAGGAUGAAGAUGGUGGAGAUGAGUCUGACCUGAGUUCUGAAUCCAGUAUCAAGAAGAAAUUUCUCAAGAGGAGAGGGAAGACUGACAGCCCCUGGAUCAAGCCUGCUCGGAAAAGGAGGCGGAGAAGUAGAAAGAAGCCAAGCAGCAUGCUUGGGCUGGCCAAUGGUCCGGAUGUGCUGGAGACGGAUGGCCUCCAGGAAGUGCCUCUUUGCAGCUGCCGCAUGGAAACCCCCAAGAGCCGCGAGAUCAGCACCCUGGCCAACAACCAGUGCAUGGCCACUGAGAGCGUGGAUCAUGAAUUGGGCCGGUGUACAAACAGCGUGGUCAAGUAUGAGCUGAUGCGUCCAUCUAACAAAGCACCACUCUUGGUCCUGUGUGAAGACCAUCGGGGUCGCAUGGUGAAGCAUCAGUGCUGUCCUGGCUGCGGCUACUUCUGCACUGCGGGUAACUUCAUGGAAUGUCAGCCUGAGAGCAGUAUCUCUCAUCGUUUCCAUAAGGACUGUGCCUCUCGAGUCAACAAUGCCAGCUACUGUCCCCAUUGUGGGGAAGAGACUUCCAAGGCCAAAGAGGUGACCAUAGCAAAAGCCGACACGACUUCCACAGUGACCCUGGCCUCUGGACAGGAGAAGAGCUUGGCUUCUGAGGGCAGGGCUGACACGACCACGGGCAGCAUUGCUGGAGCCCCAGAGGACGACAAAUCGCAGAGCACAGUCCCGCAGGCACCAGAGUGCUUCGAUCCUGCAGGGCCAGCUGGGUUCGUGAGGCCAACUUCUGGCCUUUCCCAGGGUCCAGGAAAGGAGACCUUGGAAAGUGCUCUAAUCGCUCUGGACUCUGAAAAACCCAAGAAGCUUCGCUUCCACCCCAAGCAGCUGUACUUCUCUGCCAGGCAGGGUGAGCUGCAGAAGGUGCUUCUCAUGCUCGUUGAUGGAAUUGAUCCCAAUUUCAAAAUGGAGCACCAGAGUAAGCGUUCCCCAUUGCAUGCUGCUGCAGAGGCUGGCCACGUGGACAUCUGCCACAUGCUGGUUCAGGCGGGUGCCAAUAUUGACACUUGCUCAGAAGAUCAGCGGACCCCAUUGAUGGAGGCUGCAGAAAACAACCACUUGGAUGCAGUGAAGUACCUUAUCAAGGCCGGAGCACAGGUGGAUCCGAAGGAUGCAGAGGGCUCUACAUGUUUGCACUUGGCUGCCAAGAAAGGCCACUAUGAUGUGGUUCAGUAUCUGCUGUCAAAUGGACAAAUGGAUGUCAACUGCCAGGAUGAUGGUGGUUGGACGCCUAUGAUCUGGGCCACUGAGUACAAGCAUGUGGACCUGGUGAAGCUGCUGCUGUCCAAAGGCUCUGACAUCAAUAUCCGGGACAAUGAAGAGAACAUUUGUCUGCACUGGGCAGCAUUCUCAGGCUGUGUGGACAUAGCUGAAAUCCUUCUAGCUGCCAAGUGUGACCUACAUGCUGUGAAUAUCCAUGGAGACUCACCCCUGCACAUCGCAGCCAGGGAGAAUCGCUACGACUGUGUUGUCCUGUUUCUUUCUCGGGAUUCAGAUGUUACUUUGAAAAACAAGGAAGGAGAGACUCCCUUGCAGUGUGCAAGCCUCAAUUCCCAGGUGUGGAGUGCACUGCAGAUGAGUAAAGCACUUCGAGACUCAGCCCCUGACAAGCCUGUUGCUGUCGAGAAGACGGUGAGCAGAGACAUUGCUCGAGGGUAUGAACGCAUUCCUAUUCCCUGUGUCAAUGCUGUGGAUAGUGAGUUAUGUCCCUCCAACUAUAAGUACGUCUCCCAGAACUGCGUGACGUCCCCCAUGAACAUUGACAGGAACAUCACUCACUUGCAGUACUGCGUCUGCAUAGAUGACUGCUCCUCUAGCACCUGCAUGUGUGGCCAGCUCAGCAUGCGCUGCUGGUAUGAUAAGGAUGGCCGACUCCUGCCUGAGUUUAAUAUGGCAGAACCACCCUUGAUCUUCGAGUGCAAUCAUGCCUGCUCAUGCUGGAGGAACUGCCGCAAUCGUGUGGUGCAAAAUGGUCUCAGGGCAAGACUGCAGCUUUAUCGGACACAGGACAUGGGCUGGGGUGUGCGGUCCCUCCAGGAUAUCCCGCUGGGCACCUUUGUCUGCGAAUACGUAGGGGAGUUGAUUUCGGACUCUGAAGCUGAUGUUCGGGAAGAGGACUCUUAUCUCUUUGAUCUUGACAAUAAGGAUGGAGAGGUAUAUUGCAUUGAUGCUCGGUUCUAUGGGAAUGUCAGCCGGUUCAUAAACCACCACUGCGAGCCCAACCUUGUGCCUGUGCGCGUGUUCAUGUCACACCAGGACCUGCGCUUUCCCAGGAUCGCUUUCUUCAGUACCCGCCUGAUCCAGGCUGGGGAGCAGCUCGGGUUCGACUAUGGGGAACGCUUUUGGGAUGUCAAGGGCAAGCUUUUCAGUUGCCGGUGUGGUUCUCCCAAGUGUCGGCACUCCAGUGCAGCCCUGGCCCAGCGGCAAGCCAGUGCAGCCCAGGAGGCUCAGGAGAAUGGCCUUCCGGAUACCAGCUCUACAGCUGCUGCUGACCCCCUAUGAAUUGCCAAUGUGGCCCGUGGGACCUUCAGAAUCAUAUUUUGGUGACUGCAGUGUAGAGAGGAAAAUCUGCACAAGAUUUCCAAGAGGAGCUGGAGGUGUGGACACCUACCAGGAAUGUUCUGGGCCUGAGGCGUUUCAGCUGGCCCAGUGCUCAGACCAGAGCACUCCUCUGGUCCUUCACCUCAGAGACCUGACUCCAUGUUGCAUAACUUGUGAGUUACUGGUGGUGGCUCUGUCGCUGCAGUGCUUCCCGUUUGUUUCUCCUUCCGGUCUCUGAGGUCCUUGCUCCACUGCCAGGUUUGUUUGUAUACUGUCUGGUCAGGCUCCUAUAAGGCACUCACCGAGGCCACCGUCACCUACAAGCUGCUCCGUUAGACCUGCUGCCCACAGCCUGUGUUGCUGGCACCAGCUUCCAGGUGCCACCAGAGGACACUAGCUCCCCUUCAGCCUUGGAGAGGUUGGCUGACCCACCACUCACUUUGAUGAAAUGUGGGUUUGCUUUUUAAAGAAAUCCUAUAUCUAGCCCUAUAUAUCAAGCCUCUUAAUGGUGUUUCUUUGCGAGGAAGCAGGUUGGUGGUUGCAGGCAGACCCUGCACUGGCCCCAGCCAGUUCCGUUGACGCAGGCACCUUAUGUUGAUUUCUAAGCCACAUGCUAUGAUGAUGGAUAAACUCAUUUGUUUUUUACCAUUACCGAACAUUAGGACAAACAAAGAAUAAAAACACAAAACACAGAUAACGGUGCUGAAUCUGGUGUGGUUUCUACUCACCAUGGGAAAAUAAACUAUCAACUGUAAAAAGAGAACAAAAUGAUUUUAGAAUAAAGUGCAGGAAAAACUUUUUUAAAAUGUUAGUCUUGUAGUUGAAUAAAUUUGCCGUCACCUUUUGUGUGAUGGCCUGGCAGGUCAUGUACUUUUUUUUGGCAUAUACCUUUCUAAAUACUGUAAUUAGUGCAGCGACAGUGGGGUUUUUUUUGUGUGACUCUUCUAAAACAUUCAUAAUGCAGUCAUGUUUAUUUUUUUCUGUUAAAAUGUUUUUGACAGUUUUAAGAGCAGUCUUUUGGCUCAGACCAUUUCUUGUUCUGUUUUCAAUGAAAUCAAUAAAAAAGUACUUUAAAUGGAGUUUUCCUUAUGACACAUUCUUUCUCCUGGUCUCUGCAAAUCCCUAGCCUUUCCACUUUGGGUGCUACACUCAGGAGUUAUAUGGGUUCUGGAAGUCUGCCAGCCCCACUGCCAGCCCAAGGCUGUGGAGCUGCAUGUGUCCAUGUUUGUCAGUGUGUUUGAUGUCCGGUGUUCCAGGUUUGAAAACCAUUCUGAAGUCCAUUGGAGCAGGUGAGUCCUCAUAUGUGACAGUCUUCAUUGGGACACAGCAAGGGUACAGGAGGCAAAGCUGGAGCUCUUUUCUCCCUGCUGACAAGUGAUGCUUAUAUGCUUCCCUAGGGACCCUAGACUCACCAGUGCCUCUCUGUGCUCCAUGGAAGUCUGGUAUUGCUCACUACAGGAGAGCUUGUAAACUCAAUGAAAAAUUGAUCAAAGGCUCUGCCUUUCAGUGCAUGGAGUUUGUUCAGUCAGGCCUUUUUUAAAAGGAAGAUUACUGUCUCACUUUAUAAAUGAUAAGAUAGGGCACCUGGACCCAGGUGCUGUUCAGCCUGUGGCCCUUGCAUCAUUACUGGCAGCAGCUGUGGGAUGGCUGUGGGCAGAUGGGAUACUAGGAGACCCAAGGAAGGGCUAGCUUUACUUCUCCCAGAGGAGCUUGGCUCUCUUACUGCCCUCAGGAGGAGUUGGGCUGUGCAGAAGUCCCCAGCAGCUCCCCUCCUUAGACUCCCUUGCCUGUUUCUGUACAAAUACUACACCAAUAUAACACAUCUCUCUCAGGGCAGAGGUGCUCAUUUUGGUAAAAUCAGAUUUGUGUGGUGUGGGGUAUGUUGUGUGCUUCAUGCAGCAU